UAUCAAAAAUCUUCAAUGGAGGUCGAACUUCGACCGUCGAAGAUGGGCGAAUGAUCCUAUAUACUUUAUACUCAGAAACGCAUAAUUGAAUUGGCAAGAUAGUUUGAACGUUUUGGAUAAAACCAUUUGUUAGUAUUUGAUGCAGGUACUGAGAUAAAUCACAAUGUUGCCGGUAAUUUAUGGAUUUUUAAGGGCCUACGCCCCAUACGUAACCCUACCUUUUGCGGCGGUCGUUGGAUUUAUAGGUUAUAAUUUGGAAAACAUAUUAUCGGAUAAUUAUACGCCUUAUCAUAAGUCCAUUGAAGAGCAACGUAAGGAAAGAUUGUUAAGUGAAGAAAAAUUGCAGUCAGCAGAGAAUGUAGAGAAGUUAAAAUACAAAGCCAAUGUCUUAGGAACAAAUUUAUCGCCGUCACUAUCUAGUUGAAAUGCUCAAGCUUUGUAAUUUGGUUUAAGUGUGGGGCUGAACAUUUAUG